GCGGUCACGCUGCCUGCCGUUCAUUAACAACAAUUCUUCCGAACAUUGCACUUAAAUUAAUUGUGUUACUCAUUUGCGGUGUAUUCAUAGUGUUUUGUAUUAUUUAGAUAAUUUUUAAAUAAGAAAAUUUAUCGCUUAAAAUCAAAUUAGAGAGUAUAAGAAAACCUCAGUAUGUGGAAAGCAACUGCCGGUCACCAAAUACAGGCCACUAAUGCGGCCGAAGACGAUGACUGGGAGACGGAUCCUGAUUUUGUCAACGAUGUUAGCGAACAAGAGCAGCGCUGGGGCUCCAAAACUAUUGAUGGCAGCGGUCGUGACGGAGGCGGAGCCAUUGACAUGGAUAAGCUGCGGGAGGAGACUGAGAAAUCCGAUUUGGACAAGAAAAAGCAAUUAUUGAAGGAUCAAAAUGCGGGAUAUGGAUACGGUGGCAAAUUUGGUGUUGAGAAGGAUCGCAUGGACAAGUCGGCAGUGGGGCACGACUAUCAGGGCAAGGUGGACAAGCAUGCAUCGCAAAGAGAUUACAGUGAGGGUUUCGGUGGCAAAUACGGUGUGCAAACGAAUCGUGUGGACAAAUCUGCUGUUGGCUGGGAUCAUAUAGAAAAAGUAGAAAAGCAUGAGUCGCAGAAGGAUUAUUCCAAGGGUUUCGGUGGCAAAUUUGGAGUGCAGGAAGAUCGCAAGGACAAAUCUGCUUUGGGCUGGGAUCACAUUGAAAAGGUUGAGAAACACGAGUCGCAAAAGGAUUAUUCCAAAGGGUUUGGCGGUAAGUUUGGCGUACAGGAAGAUCGUAAGGAUAAAUCUGCUGUCGGCUGGGAUCAUAUUGAGAAACCGCAAAAGCACGCCAGUCAAGUGGAUCAUAAAGUCAAGCCCGUCAUUGAGGGUGCUAAGCCCUCCAACUUGCGGGCCAAAUUUGAAAAUUUGGCUAAGAACUCUGAGGAGGAAUCCCGCAAGCGUGCGGAGGAACAAAAGCGCUUGCGUGAGGCCAAGGAUAAACGAGAUCGGGAGGAGGCAGCCAAGCAAACAGUUGUUGAAAACACGCCAUUACCUUCCGCAGAGGAAGCACGUACGGCUCCCGUGAAAGGAAGUCGCACGGCAAUACAAACAGGUCGUUCCGGAGGCAUUGGCAAUGCCAUUAGUGCGUUCAAUCAAAUGCAGUCGCCAGUGACAGAGACUCCUCCGGCCCGUAAGGAUCCCAUUGUCAUACCCAAGGAACCAGCGCUCAGCGAACCAGCCAAGGCGGCUGUAGUUGAGCAGCCGAAGCCCGUCACGCCGCCUCCAGUCGUCGUUAAAGAAGUCGUCGGUCCAACUCCAAAAGUUACUGCACCACCUGAUGUUGUGCCACAAAUUGAGAUUGAGACUGUUGCCACUCCCCCUUCAAGCGAGCCACAAUCGCCGGCUCAUGUCCCUGCGGCUGAACCGGAACCGGAGCCGGAGCAGGUUCAACAGCCACAACCAGAAAAACAACCUGAGCCGGUGCCAGAACCUGAAGCUGAGCCGCUGUAUCAAAACCAAGCAGAACUGAAGGCUGCAUCUCCAUUGCCAGCAUCAGUCUCGCCAACUCCAACAGCAGCAGCAGCAGCUGCCAAUGGUAACGAGGAGGCCAUCUACGCCAAUUCGGACAACUUGGCCGAUUAUCUGGAGGAUACUGGCACGCAUGCAAUUGCUCUCUACGAUUAUCAGGCAGCUGACGACGAUGAGAUAUCGUUUGACCCUGAUGAUGUGGUCACUCAUAUUGAGAAAAUCGAUGAUGGUUGGUGGCGAGGUCUGUGCAAAAACCGUUAUGGUCUCUUCCCGGCAAAUUAUGUGCAAGUUAUUAAUCAAACUUCUUAAUUUCUGAUAAUGUCAUAAACGAACUUAUGAUGUGAACAAUUUUAUACUGAGUCACAUAAUUCACCAUUAUAUAAAAGUCAUGCUCAACAUUUAUUUCUACUUACAACGAAGAAACGUUAACAUUAUUGUAAUUUGUUACAUCGUCACACGCAAUAAUUAUAUUAUUCCAUUUUAUUUACAUCAUUCAUAUUCGAUUUAAAAAAUUGAAAUUUACAUUCGAUUCUUGUUUCUAAGAUUUUAUUUUGUUUAAAAAUAUAUUUUACUAUUUAUAAACAUUUACUACGUAAACAUUUUAAUACUUGAUUGUGCAAAAUGACUAAUUGUAAUUGCAUUUGUUUUUUAUUGUCCGAAAAUAUAUUUGUUAAACUUAAAGUUAUUGUGUCAAAAGUGAGAACACUUGUAUAAAGUUUAUAAAUGUUUUCAAAAAUGUUAAAGGCAAUGAAAACAAAGUCUGUUCUUUUGAUAAAGAAAAUCAAUAAAAAUAUAUUCAAAACUAUAUUUAGAAGUAUUCAUUUGUAUAUUAUUUAUAUUCUUAAAAUUAAGAAUACAAAUAUAUGUAUAUUCUGGCUUAUAUCACCGUGUUUAUCAGAAAGCAAUCCUUGCUAGUUAUUUUAAUUAUUCUGUAAAUUUUUUUGGGAUUUCCCGAAUCAUAAUCUUAUAUUUCUCAUACAAACGUAUGAAUGUACAUAUGUAUAUAUGUAUGUGUAUAUGUUUAUGUAAAUUACUUGUAAUCUUAGAAUGGUAUGGAAGUAUUUCCUUUUUGCGUGGGUUAUCAGUUGUAAUGCAAAUGAAUCAUUUACUUUGUUGGAUCGUAUUUCCAGUUGAUAAAGAAACAUAUGACUGUUUGCAUUUUUUGUUGUUGUGGUGAAUAUUUAUAGUAAGGCUUUAAACAUAUCUCGUGACUUUAAACAUCAAAGACUUUUCAUUAAAAUUGUGGUGACCCCCGUCAGAGUCGUGUUCAUAUCGAUCAAAUAGGCUACGAUCUCAAAA